CCCCGAGCAGCCAGAGCGCACGGUUACAAUGAGCUUCUCCAUCGGUCCGACUGAGAGCCAGCGUCAGUACCGACCACCGAGCAGCACACACACCGCCACAGACCCUGACCGACACCAGCUCCGCCCGCCCGCAGCAGGAUGCCCGGGGGAAAGAGAGGGCUUGUGGCACCGCAGAACACUUUUCUGGAGAACAUCGUCCGGCGUUCAAGUGAGACCAGCUUCCUCCUGGGAAACGCCCAGAUCGUGGAGUGGCCUGUAGUUUACAGCAAUGACGGAUUCUGCAAACUGUCUGGCUUCCACAGGGCUGAGGUUAUGCAGAAGAGCAGCACAUGCAGUUUUAUGUACGGAGAGCUGACGGACAAGAAGACCAUCGACAAAGUCAGACAGACCUUCGACAACUAUGAGUCCAACUGCUUCGAAAUCCUGCUGUACAGAAAGAACAGAAGUCCAGUGUGGUUCUACAUGCAAGUUGCUCCCAUCAGGAACGAGAACGACAAGGUGGUUCUGUUCCUCUGCACUUUUAAGGACAUCACUCUCUUCAAACAGCCAAUUGAAGACGAAACCACUAAAGGAUGGACCAAGUUUGCGCGGCUGACACGAGCGCUCACCAACAACCGCAACACGCUGCCGAAGCUGGCGCCCAUCGACAAACAUGAAGUCAGCCAUAAACAGUCCAGACUGGCAGAGGUUCUGCAGCUGAACUCCGACAUCCUCCCUCAGUACAAGCAGGAGGCCCCCAAGACCCCUCCCCACAUCAUCCUCCACUACUGCACCUUCAAGACCACCUGGGACUGGGUCAUCCUCAUCCUCACCUUCUACACGGCCAUCAUGGUGCCCUACAACGUCUCCUUCAAGACCAAGCAGAACAACAUCGUGUGGCUGGUGCUGGACAGCGUGGUGGACGUCAUCUUCCUGGUGGACAUCGUCCUCAACUUCCACACCACUUUCGUGGGGCCCGGCGGAGAGGUCAUCUCUGACCCUAAGCUCAUCCGUAUGAACUACUUGAAGACCUGGUUUGUCAUUGACCUGCUGUCCUGCCUGCCCUAUGACAUCAUCAACGCCUUUGAGAACGUGGACGAGGGCAUCAGCAGUCUGUUCAGCUCUCUGAAGGUGGUCCGCCUGCUGCGUCUGGGCCGGGUGGCCAGGAAACUGGACCACUACCUAGAGUACGGUGCUGCUGUUCUGGUCCUGCUGGUCUGCGUGUUUGGACUGGUGGCUCACUGGCUCGCCUGCAUCUGGUACAGUAUCGGAGACUACGAGGUUAUCGAUGAGGCCACCAACACCAUCAAGAUGGACAGCUGGCUCUACCAGCUGGCUAUCAGCAUUGGAUCACCUUACCGCUACAACGCCAGUGGCUCUGGCCAAUGGGAGGGCGGCCCUGGCAAGGAUUCUCUGUACAUCACCUCUCUGUAUUUUACUAUGACCAGCCUGACGACCAUCGGAUUCGGCAACAUCGCCCCCUCCACGGACGGGGAGAAGAUCUUCUCUGUGGCCAUGAUGAUGGUGGGAUCUCUGCUCUACGCCACCAUCUUUGGAAAUGUGACCACCAUCUUCCAGCAGAUGUACGCCAACACCAAUCGCUACCACGAGAUGCUCAACAACGUCAGGGACUUCCUGAAGCUUUACCAGGUUCCGAAGGGGCUGAGCGAGCGGGUGAUGGACUACAUCGUCUCCACCUGGUCCAUGUCCAAAGGCAUCGACACCGAGAAGGUCUUAUCCAUCUGUCCCAAGGACAUGCGGGCCGACAUCUGUGUCCACCUCAACAGGAAGGUUUUCAACGAACAUCCUGCGUUCCGGUUAGCCAGUGACGGCUGCCUGCGCUCGCUGGCAGUGGAGUUUCAAACCACCCACUGCGCCCCCGGAGACCUGAUCUUCCACGCCGGAGAGAGCGUCGACACCCUGUGCUUCGUUGUGUCGGGGUCACUGGAGGUCAUCCAGGACGACGAGGUCAUCGCCAUCUUAGGUAUGUGCUCAUGUCAUUUAUUGGAAGGUGAGGCAGACGUGCCCUUCCACAGCCGCAGAGCCAAAGCCAUCUUGGCUCUUAAGCUCAUGAAGACCUGA